AUGACCGUCUUGCUUCUGUUCCAGGUGACCAGGCCGCCGUGGCUCGAUGGGGCUCACGCGCAGGCCUUUGACGAGAAGGCCUACCUCUCGAGCAAGACCCUCAAGCCCGGUGACGAUCCUUACGGACGCCACGCCUUCAACCAGCAGGAGAGUGACCGGCUCCCCAGUGACCGAGCAAUCCGGGACACCAGGCAUUACAGGUGCUCCGCCCUACAGUACAGCCAAGACUUGCCGGUGACCAGUGUCAUCAUCACCUUCCAUAAUGAAGCUCGCUCCACACUGCUGCGCACCGUGAAGAGCAUUCUGAACCGCAGCCCCCCGAAACUCAUCCAGGAAAUCAUUCUCGUUGAUGACUUCAGCAAUGACCCCGAGGACUGUGAACUCCUAAUGAAGAUCCCCAAAGUGAAGUGCUUGAGAAAUAUGAAGAGGGAAGGGCUGAUCCGGUCUCGGGUGAAGGGAGCAGAUGCCUCGACUGCAGAGGUCCUGACCUUCCUCGACAGUCAUUGUGAGGUGAACAAGGACUGGCUGCAACCCCUCUUACAAAGAGUGAAAGAGGAUUACACUCGUGUGGCGAGUCCCAUCAUCGAUGUCAUAAGCCUGGACAACUUUGCUUACCUGGCAGCGUCUGCGGAUCUGAGAGGAGGGUUUGACUGGAGUUUGCAUUUUAAAUGGGAACAGAUACCUAUUGAACAGAAGAUGGUGAGGUCUGACCCGACCGAAUCAAUACGGACCCCAGUUAUUGCUGGAGGGAUAUUUGUCAUCAAUAAAUCCUGGUUCAACCACCUCGGGAAAUAUGACACACAGAUGGACAUUUGGGGCGGUGAAAAUUUUGAGCUGUCUUUCCGUGUGUGGAUGUGUGGAGGGAGCUUGGAGAUUGUCCCGUGCAGCCGUGUGGGACAUGUCUUCCGCAAGAGGCACCCAUACAACUUCCCCGAGGGCAACGCGCUCACCUAUAUCAGGAACACCAAACGCACAGUGGAGGUGUGGAUGGAUGACUACAAACAGUACUACUAUGAAGCCAGGCCGUCUGCUGUGGGAAGGCCCUAUGGAAAUGUUGCAGAUCGUGUUCACCUGCGGAAGGAGCUACAGUGCAAAUCCUUUCAGUGGUACCUCCAGAACGUCUACCCCGAGCUCAGAAUUCCAGAAAAGCAGACAUCCGAAACAGUUGUGCUGAGACAGAGAGGGAAGUGCAUGCAAUCUCAGGCCCUUUACAAGACAGACGAUACCAUCAUUGGCCUGGGGCAGUGCACAGAGACACUAAGCAGCAUUCCCUACAGCCAGGAAUGGGUGUUCUCCGGGGGACAGAUCAAGCAGCAGGCCAAGUGCGUGGCAAUUUCAAACUUCUCCAUAGCUUCCCAACUUGUACUCGAACCGUGUAACCAGGAGGACGGCAGACAGAAAUGGAAGCUGAAGGGGUCGGCCAUCCAGCAGCUGAUAACUGGCGCCUGCCUGGACAGCGAGUCUGGGAGGGUGGGGACCAGCACCUGUCACCCUGAGCUCGGCACUCAGCAGUGGGAGAGGCUGCAGAUUACGUGACACUGCACACCGACCCCACCCCCCACCCCUCCUCCAGUCACCCUGUAUGGACGUCAGAGGCAUGGUGGCAGGGUGGGGUUCGAAUGUAUGUAAAUAUAUUCCCCCUCCACCAUCCCAACCCCACCCCCUCCCCCGAGAGAGGUUACAUGAAGAAGUCGUCGGAGAGUUGCACAGUUGCUGGCUAAACACAACUGAGAGGGAACAACUGUAUGGGAAACUCACCAGGACUCAGUAUGGAUGCUGCUGGAGCUAUCCAAAGGCACAAUCUUGCACAAACAGAUGACAUCCCACUCCCUUUUCUCUGUAGCCUUUUCUACUUCAUUCCCAAUCAUUUUUCCCAUCAGUUGAUUCGCAGAUAUACCCUUCAUGGACUUGGCUUCCCUUUAGACUUGGGCUCAGGUAGAGAUUGCCCGGUCUCUUUGCUGAUCACAUGACUUACUGCCACCCGGCAGCCCCGUCCCCAGAGUCCCACCAUUGGUGCCCCCUUGCCCCGCCUCCCCACACUGAUUGGAACACAAACAGAUGGCAGUUAGGAAUAAUCCAGUCCCGGUAUGACUGACCAAUCAAAGAAAACGCUAACCAUCUUUGUAAAAUGUUCCUGUAAUUUGUAGACGUGUGGAAAAGCACAGAUGUGGCCAAAUGUCGGUGUCAGUCAUAAGAAGAGCUGUCCAGUGUGUAUCACCGUUUACCCAACUUGGGCCAUAGCUCUGCAGAUUACUGCACUUUAACUUCAUGUCCCAUCUUCUCAAGGUAUGAGGGUUUUUGCUGUACCACCUUUUCAGGCGUUGGUUCCUAGAUUCCCAGUACACUCUGGGUGGAACUAAAGUUACUCCUUAAUGUCCCUCCAAUUCUUUGCUAAUUAGUUUACAUGUAUGCCCGCACUAACCCCAGUUAUUGAUUUCUCUGUAAAAGGAACAUGGAUCCUCCUUCCCAGCUGAUCCAAACCCCUUUAAUUCAACGAACUCACGUUAAAUGUCCCCUCAGCUUCUUCACUUCCAAUGCUGACUUCUAGUCAGUCUUCCCUUCAACUAUUUCCAUCAUCAGUCUGAUAGAUCUCUGCAUUCACUCCUUCCUAUAAUGCUGUGAGGAGAACUCGAUGCAGUGUCCACACCCCAGUACAACCAAUGUUUUAUAUGGUUCAUCUAUAUCCUCCCGGCUCCUAAAUUCCAGGCCUCAAGCAUUAAACGGAAGCAUUCCUUGUGCAGAUGGAAUGUAAUGUGGGGAAAUCUGAGGUUAUGCACUUUGAGCAAGAGGGGCUGAAUAUUAUUUAAAUGGAGAAAGACUGCAGAAAGCUAAGAACAGAGGGAUCUGAGGGGACCUCAUCCAGGAAUCUCACAAAGCUAGCACCAAGUUCAGCUGGUAAUAGGGAAGGUGAAAGUGAGGACUACAGAUGCUGGAGAUCAGAGUCUAGAUUAGAGUGGUGCUGGAAAAGCACAGCAGGUCAGACAGCAUCCGAGGAGCAGGAAAAUUGAUGUUUCGGGCAAAAGCCCUUCAUCCGGUAAUAGGGAAGGCCAAAUGGACUACUGGUCUUUAUUUCAAAGAGAAUGGAGUAUAAAAGUUAGGGAAGUGUUGCUAAAACGAGACAUGGUAUUAGUCAGACUGCAGCUGGAAUACUGUGAACAGUUUUGGGAUGCCUAUGGAAGGAAAGAUAGACUGGUGUUGGAGACAGUCCAGAGAAUGUUCACUCGGCUAAUCCCCGUUUGGAGGGACAGUCUCACGAUGAGAGGUUGACUAGGUUGGGCCUGUACUCAUUGGAGUUUCGAAGAUACUUAUUGAAACAUACAAGAUUCUUAGGGGACUGGGCGGUGGAGAGGCAGAAAGGUUGUGGGCGAGUCUAGGACCAGAGGGGGAUUAUCUCAGAAUAAGGGGUUGCCCAUUUAAAACAGGGAGACGAGCAGGAAUUCUGUCUCUCGGAGGGGAGUGAGUCUGUGGAAUUCUUUACUGCAGAGGACUGGCGAGGCUGGGUCAUUGAGUUUAUUCAAGGCUGAGGGAGACAGUUCUUAAAUCAGCAAGGGAAUGGAAGCCGAUGGGGAAACGGGAAGGAUGGGGAGUUGAAGAUUAUCAGAGCAGCUGUGACAUCAAGGAAUAGUAGGACAGACUCGAUGGGCUAAACGGCCUACUUCUGUUCCUGUGUUAUAUGAUCCUACCUUAUCUUUCUGUCCCGCUAAUGAUGGAGGGAGUGGUUGGGAGGAGGUAGGUACACAAUCCAAUUUCCCUGAUGCUUCCCCUGAGUUCCCUGUUUGAUUUUUUUGGUGACUGUCUUACUUUUGACUUGCUGUCACUGUAGCGAAAAUCGAUCAAGUAAAGAUCUUUAAAUUGCCCUGCCUCAGCCACUCCGUUCAAAGCAAAGAUGGCUGUCUGAGCCUGAGGGGUACCAUUGAUCUCAUUCUCUGUCCACAUCCUCUCAGGUGAGUCUCUGUCCUGCAAUGUACAGUGUGCCAGUGUCAACAUAAUCUGCCCUUUUCAAGUCCAUCUCUCUAUAAAUAAUGCUUUCCCCCACAAAGCCGUCCUACUGACAUCCCUCCCUAACUGCACACAAUGGUUCACUAAAUCCAGUCUGGAACCGGCCCUCGCCUGGGAUUAAAAACACAGUCUUCUGAAUAAAUUUGAAGAAUUUCACACCUCAUGCUAAUUCUGUUUGCACUCUCUCAGCUCAUCAGUAGGGUAGGUAGCGGAAAUUCCUGUUGUCUUUUUGUUUUAGAGUCAUACAGUAUGGAAACAGACCCUUUAGCCCAGCCAGUUCAUGCUGUCCACACCCCCAAACUAAACUAGUCCCAAGUGCUUGCGUUUGACCCAU